AUGCUCUUUUUUAGGUACCCUCGAACUCUCCUCCGUGUGGUUAACGCCCUUGUUCGCACACUGACACGCUAUUUAUACAGCUUUUUCAAGACACUCAUCGACCAUGAGGUCACUGUAGAGCUCAAGAACGACAUUCAGCUGAAGGGAAUUCUCAAGAGUGUGGAUCAGUACCUCAACAUCAAGCUCGAUGACAUUCAAGUUGUUGAGGAGCUCAAGUACCCUCAUCUUAGCUCUGUCAAGAAUGUCUUUAUCCGAGGCUCAGUUGUCAGAUACGUUCAUCUUCCCGGCGCGUCAGUCGACACGCAGCUGCUGGAGGAUGCUACACGGAGGGGUAAGUUGCGUUUUCAAAGAAAGUCAAUACGGUACACUAACAUGUGUGUUGCAGAAGCGGCAGCUCAGCAGGCCAAGGCAAAAUGA